UUCUAUUUCACUCCUCACUGAGCCUGCUCGGCAUUAGGAGCAAAAAGUCUCUUCCCAGGCACUUUCAGGUGGGACAGUAAGAAGGGUUUGGGCACCACUAUUUUCUCAUCACAGCAGCAACUUACAAUGUGUAGGAAGAUGGUUGUGAUCUUUGGAGCUUCAAAUAUACUUUGGAUGGUGUUCGUAGCUUCUCAAGCUUUUAAAAUAGAGAUCUUCCCUGAGUCCAAAAUUGUUGCUCAGAUAGGGGACUCGGUCUCGCUGACAUGCAGCACGACAGGCUGCGAGCCCCCAUCUUUCUCUUGGAGAACCCAGAUAGACAGUCCACUGAAUGGGAAGGUGAGAAAUGAGGGAGCCAAUUCCACGCUGAUCAUGGAUCCCAUUAGUUUUGAGAAUGAACACUCUUACCUGUGUACAGCGACUUGUGGAUCUAGGAAACUGGAAAAAGGAAACCAGGUGGAGAUUUACUCUUUCCCUAAGGACCCAGAGAUCCAUUUGACUGGCCCUCUGGAGGUUGGGAAGCCAGUUACAGUCAAGUGCUCGGUUCCUGAUGUUUACCCAUUUGAUAGGCUAGAGAUGAAUCUGCUGAAGGAUGACCACCUCAUGAAGAAUCAGGAAUUUCUGGAGCCUAUGGAAAGAAAGUCCUUGGAAACCAAGAGUUUGGAAGUAACCUUUACUCCUACAAGUGAGGAUAUUGGAAAAGCUCUUGUUUGCCGGGCUAAAUUACACAUUGAUGAAAUUGAUCUUAAGCGUAAAGAAAGAGAAACUACAAAAAAACUGCAUGUCUACAUCUCACCCAAGAACACAGUUAUCUCUGUGAAUCCCUCCACAAGGCUGCAGGAAGGUGGCUCUGUGACAAUGACAUGUGUCAGUGAAGGUCUACCAGCUCCACAGAUUCUCUGGAGCAAGAAACUGGAUAAUGGGAGUCCACAGUUCCUUUCUGAGAAUGCAACUCUUACUUUAAUUGCUAUGAGGAUGGAAGAUUCUGGAAUUUAUGUGUGUGAAGGAGUUAAUCUGGUUGGGAGAAACAGAAAAGAGGUGGAAUUGAUUGUUCAAGAGAAACAAUUUACUGUUGAGAUCUUCCCUGCACCCCACAUUUUUGUUCAUAUUGGCGACUCAGUCACACUGACAUGUGGAGUCACGGGCUGCGAGUCCCCAUCUUUCUCUUGGAGCACCCAGAUAGAAGGCUCUCUGGACGGGCAGGGGAACGAUGAGAGGACCAAGUCCACACUGACCCUAAGCCCUGUGAGUUUGGAGGAUGAAAACUCUUACCUGUGCUCCGUGACUUGUGGAAGUAAGAAAGUGGAGAAAGCAAUCAUGGUGGACCUCUAUUCAUUCCCAAAAGAUCCAGAAAUUGAAAUGAGUGGUCCACUAGUGAGUGAAAACCCGGUCACUGUAAGCUGCAAGGUUCCUAAUGUGUAUCCUUUUGACCUGCUGGAGAUUGAAUUACUCAAGGGGGAGAGUAUUAUGAAGAACAAAAACUUUUUGGAUGAGGCGGAUAGCAAAUCCCUGGAGACCAAGAGUUUGGAAAUGACCUUCAUCCCCACCACUGAAGACACUGGAAAUGUCCUUGUUUGUCGGGCUAAGUUACAUAUUGAUGAAAUGGAACUUGAACCCAAACAAAGGCAAAGUACACAGACACUUUAUGUUAAUGUUGCUCCCAGGGAUACAGCCGUCUUGGUCAGCCCCUCCUCCAUCCUGGAGGAAGGCAGUUCUGUGAAUAUGACAUGCAGCAGCCAUGGCCUUCCAGCUCCUCAAAUCCUGUGGAGUAGGAAGCUAAAUAAUGGAGAUCUACAGCCUCUUUCUCAGAAUUCAACUCUGACCUUAAUUUCUGCAAAAAUGGAUGAUUCUGGUAUUUAUGUGUGUGAAGGAAUUAACCAGGCUGGAAUAAGCAAAAAAGAAGUGGAAUUAAUUAUCCAAGUUGCUCCAAAAGACAUACAACUUACAGUUUUUCCUUCUGAGAGUGUCAAAGAAGGAGACACUGUCAUUAUCUCCUGUACAUGUGGAAAUGUUCCCCAAACUUGGAUAAUACUAAAGAAAAAAGCAGAGACAGGAGACAUGGUGCUGAAGUCCAGAGAUGGCGCGUAUACCAUCCACAAGGCCCAGCUGGAGGAUGCAGGCGUGUAUGAAUGUGAAUCUAAAAAUGAGGUUGGCUUGCAAUUAAGAAGUUUAACACUUGAUGUUAAAGGAAGAGAGAAUAACAAGGACUAUUUUUCUCCUGAACUUCUCGUGCUGUAUUGUGCAUCCUCCUUAACAAUACCUGCCAUUGGAAUGAUCAUUUACUUUGCUAGAAAAGCUAACAUGAAAGGGUCAUACAGUCUCGUAGAAGCACAGAGAUCAAUUGUACCUAAUGUGUGAAAUGUUGAACCAGAGACAUUAUUUAUCAGUCCGAAUCCUUAAUACUGCUCAUCAUUCCAUGAGGAAAGCAAAGAGCUCAGAGUCCAGACUUCCCUGAACGCAAUGAACUCCUGGAAAGAAAUGGCUGCCUGUGCCCCUUGCUGUAAGCAAGAAGCCAAAGGAAAUCUUUCUGCCUAAAUAAGAUACUACCACUGUGAUGUGAUGAGUGGAGCAGUUCCUUGAUGUGUAUAUACAAUAAUGUGAUCUGUACAUAUGUAAUAUAAAUUAUGCCUUCACAAAAUUGCUUAGAAUAGCAGCACUGUACAGUCAGAUCUCUAAAAUAAUUGAACAGUGUUUCUUGGACUAAUUGUCAUAACUUAAUGUAUCUUUGAAAAAUGUAGCAUUAAUUUUGACUGGCAGCUGACCUAUGUUAUCUUUUUAUAUUUUAUUUCCUUUAACAAAAAUUUUUUCCUAUAAAGUUAAUUGACAACAACUUCAUGUUUUGCAAAAGUGCUGGGUUUUUAUAUUUUGAUAAACAAAUGAUAAACCAAGAGAGCACUGGGUUGAUUUUCAGGUACUAAGCCCUUCAACCUGUGGUAUAAUGGUUGACUUGAUUUCUCUGAAUGGUACUGACAUGGUACGGAGACAUUUCAUGAUGAUGUUUGUUUGUCAGACUCUUGUGUAACUUUAUCAGUGUGGUUUAUAAAUUCAACUUUUUAAAAUUUUCUUUUGUAAAUGUUUAGUUUUUUUUGUAGCGUAAAGUAAUACCUUCUGGAAUGAGAAGUUUAUUCUCUGUUUAUUUGUUGCAAACUGCUUCCUUUCAUCGUGUAGCUCUUGUUGAAAUGACAAGUUCCAAGAGUGAACUUCAAGUCCACAGAAAUAAUAAGCAGAUACUCCGAGUGUGGCCCUUAAACAUCUUUCAUUAGAAUCACCAUGGGAAUGUGAUAAAAAUUCAGAUUUCUUGGGGCCAUCCAAUCUAUUGAAUUGAAAUAUCUGGUUUUGUAUCCUUGGAACCACACCAAUUCAUCUGCAAUUUUAAAAAAAAUAAGAAAAAUUAAAGUAUAGUAUACACAAAAAUAGUUAUUGCAGAUGCAUGUAUUAAAGGGCAGCAAAUGAACACCUGUAUUUAUCCUGUAAAGUCUAAGAGACAGAGCAUUUCUAUUCUCAAGAGCCUCUUAGGUGUCACUCACUGAUUGCAAUGGCCUCACUUAGUAGUAACCAAUAUUUUGAAUUAUGUAUUAAUCAUUCCUUUGCUUUCUUUGGAGAUUUUAUACCUGUAUAAGUAGCCCCACAUGAACUUUAUUUCAUUUUGGAGGUUUGGAAUUUCACAUAAAUAUAAUCAAAUGGUAUGUCUGCUAUGCCUUUAUGCUUUCACUCAAAAGGAUGUUUUGCAAAAUUCAUCAUGUUGUCAUUCAUUUUUAAUGCUCUACAGUAUUCCAUUGUAAGAUUUGUCCACAACUUAUUUAUCUGUUUUACUGUUGAUGUAUAUUUGGGAUAUUUCCAUUUUUUUCUAUCAUGAACAAAGCUUCUAUAAACAUUAUUUUACAUGUUCUUGGCUAAUGUGUAAGAAUUAACUUAGGGUGCAACAAUUUCUCUGGAGUCUAUACAUACUAAUGAAAUUUCUGGGUUCUAGGAAAUGUACAUUUUCAAGUUUAUAGAGAAAGCCAAACUAUUUUCUGAAGUGGCAGAAAUAAUUUAUACUUCCAUGACAGUGAAUAAGAGUUUCCACUACUGAACACUAAUCAAAAUUUGGCAUUGUCUGGCUUUCAAAAAUUUGCCUUUCUUAGGGUAUAAAAUGAUGUCUUAUAAUGGUUUGAAUUUGCAUUUCCCUGAUAACAAGUAGGUUGAACAUCUUUUCAUAUUGUUAAGGACCUUUCAUUCUAGGAUCAUUUGAGCAGGCUCUUUUAUUAAGUAUCUAUACAUUUCUUUUGCUGUUUUUCUGGUGGCUGGCUGUCUUCUUAUUGAUUCUUGGGAGAUUUUUAAAUAUAUAAUAAAUAUUCUGGAUAUUA